GAACACAACGAAAAACAGAACUGUCAUGAGGACGAGUGUAGUUUUUUUGGCCAGAAGCAAAAAAUUUUUCACCAACGCUAAUUUAUAUAUUUUGCAUAAAUAAAAAGAGAUUAGUAGUGAAAUUAUAUGAAAAUAAAACGAACGAAAUGUAUUUUUUAAUGUAAAAAUGAUUUAAAUUUUAAAAGAUUUAAAUAAUUCGAUAUAAAAGUGCAAUAUUCAGUAAACCAGCGGGGUUGGUGAGAGGUAAAAACAUCAAUAAAGAAGGGAGGAAAAAUUCCAUUAAACUCACAAUAGUAAAAAAUCUACAAAGUCCACUUGCAAAUUAUACACCUUCCCCCGCCUGCUGUAUUGAAUUUCCAGCACAACAGCAAAUUAUGUCUUCGAAUAACCAAUCGAGUUCAAGUCAAGGAGUUAAUCCAACUACAGCCGCUGGGUCAACAAGUGCUGGACAACGGACAGUGCCACAAGAUGUGCCAUCAUCAUCUCAAGAAAGUCCUACACGUGUCGUUAAGACACCCGCUGUUAAUACCAAAGAGCGAGUUAUUGACAGUGUGCCAUUUCCACCAUCACAUAAACUUACAAUGGCUGAAGUAUUUGAUGCGCGCACAGGUAAACCUAAUCAUGAUAUAUUAAAGCAACAUUUUGUGCUCGAAGGUAGAAUUGAAGAAGCACCUGCUCUACGAAUAAUACAAGAAGGUGCUGCACUUUUGCGCCAAGAAAAAACUAUGAUUGAUAUAGAGGCACCAGUAACUGUGUGUGGUGACAUACAUGGACAGUUUUAUGAUUUAAUGAAAUUGUUUGAAGUUGGUGGCUCACCAGCCAGUACUAAAUAUCUAUUCUUGGGUGAUUAUGUUGACCGAGGCUACUUUAGCAUUGAAUGUGUUUUAUAUUUGUGGUCACUUAAAAUAACUUAUCCCACAACGUUGUUUUUACUACGAGGCAAUCAUGAAUGUCGCCAUUUAACCGAAUACUUCACAUUUAAGCAGGAAUGCAAAAUCAAAUAUUCGGAGCGUGUGUACGAUGCUUGCAUGGAAGCAUUUGAUUGUCUGCCGCUGGCGGCUUUAAUGAAUCAACAAUUUUUGUGCGUGCAUGGUGGACUGUCACCAGAGAUACAUGAAUUAGAAGAUAUAAGACGUUUAGAUCGUUUUAAAGAACCACCUGCUUUCGGGCCUAUGUGUGAUCUUCUAUGGUCUGAUCCUUUAGAAGAUUUUGGAAAUGAAAAAAAUUCAGAUUUCUAUACACAUAAUUCAGUACGUGGUUGCUCAUACUUUUAUAGUUAUGCAGCCUGUUGCGACUUCCUGCAAAAUAAUAAUCUAUUAUCAAUCAUACGAGCACAUGAGGCGCAGGACGCUGGCUAUCGUAUGUACCGAAAGAGUCAAACCACCGGUUUCCCUUCACUUAUUACCAUAUUCUCAGCACCAAAUUAUCUCGAUGUGUACAACAACAAGGCGGCUGUGCUUAAAUAUGAAAAUAAUGUAAUGAAUAUACGACAAUUUAAUUGUUCGCCUCACCCAUACUGGCUUCCAAACUUUAUGGAUGUAUUCACAUGGUCUCUACCAUUCGUUGGCGAGAAAGUAACAGAAAUGCUAGUCAAUGUACUGAAUAUCUGCUCUGAUGAUGAAUUGAUGACAGAAGAAAGUGAAGAACCCUGUUCAGAUGAUGAGGCUGCGCUACGUAAAGAAGUUAUUAGAAAUAAAAUACGUGCGAUUGGUAAAAUGGCACGUGUAUUCUCUGUGUUACGUGAAGAGUCAGAAUCAGUGCUGCAGCUUAAAGGUCUAACGCCAACUGGUGCCCUACCAUUAGGUGCACUUUCGGGUGGAAAACAAUCAUUGAAGAAUGCCAUGCAAGGCUUUUCACCAAAUCAUAAAAUCACUUCAUUUGCCGAAGCGAAGGGUCUUGAUGCUGUUAACGAACGUAUGCCACCACGUCGUGAUCAACCGCCAACUCCUAGUGAAGAGCAACCAAAUAAUCAAGGUAACAAUGCGGCGCAUAAUGGGUAAUAAGUAAGUAGAAAGAUUUUAGUUUUUGAAAAAAGUUAGAAACAAUGAAAAAAAAAAAUAAAUAAAAAAUAAAAAUGUUAUAAAAAAAUUACUCA